AUGAUUGCAAGGAAGAAGAAUAUACUGAAGGUCAUAAUCCUAGGUGAUUCCGGAGUUGGUAAGACAUCGUUGAUGCACAGAUAUGUGAACGAUAAGUAUUCUCAACAGUAUAAAGCUACUAUCGGUGCUGACUUUUUGACUAAAGAGGUAGUUUUAGAUGAUGACAAAGUAGUCACAAUGCAAGUGUGGGAUACAGCAGGGCAAGAACGUUUCCAGUCCCUUGGUGUUGCUUUCUACCGUGGUGCAGACUGUUGUGUACUAGUCUAUGAUGUGACGAAUGCGAAGUCUUUCGAAAAUAUAAAGUCCUGGAAGGAUGAGUUUUUGGUUCAUGCUAAUAUAUCCUCACCGGAGUCUUUCCCUUUCGUGAUCCUAGGUAACAAAGUAGAUAUUGAAGACUCUAAGAAAGUGGUGAGUGAGAAAGCAGGUCAGGAACUCGCAAAGUCACUUGGAGAUGUACCUCUCUUUUUAACAAGUGCCAAGAGUGCCAUAAAUGUGGAUACCGCUUUUGAAGAAAUAGCAAAGAGUGCAUUACAACAGAAUCAAAACGACGCACAUGCAUUUGAAGAUGAUUUCAACGAUGCCAUUAACAUUCAAUUAGAAGGCGAAAGUAAUUCAUGUAGUUGUUGA